AGCACGCUGGCCAGGCUGUCGGUAAACGGCUGUAUUUGUGAGUGUGUGUCGUUGUGUUUGUGAGUGUGUGUGUGUCGGUGUCGCAGCACCAUGCCAAGGUCUUUCCUGGUGAAAAAGGUGAAACUUGAUGAUUUCAACACCGGAGCGGAUUUGGAGAAUGUCUACCGGCACAGAACAGACCUCAGCCUGCGGCUACAUGACAAAGCUGGUUACAUCAGCGACUACAUCAGCCCGGUUGUGUACGAUGGUGAGAGUGACGGUGGGAUCAAGGUGCCCUCCCCCGAACCCCUCUACGAUGGUAUCCACAGUGAAUACGGGGCCCCUGACUCCGAGUCCCCUGACAGUCCUAGCUCAGAAAUCACCGAUGGGUACAUCAACGGGGAUGCUGCCGUGAGCGAGGGUUACACAGUCGAUGCAUUCUUCAUCACCGAUGGCCGCUCGAGGAGGAAAGCCAUCAGCAGUCCCAGGACCAUCCAGAGGCACACCUGCAACGAGUGCGGCAAAACCUACGCCACGUCUUCCAACCUGAGCCGGCACAAACAGACACACCGCUCGCUGGACAGCAAGAUGGCAAAGAAAUGUCCGACCUGCGGUAAGGUGUACGUGUCCAUGCCCGCCAUGGCCAUGCACCUGCUCACUCACGACCUCAAGCACAAGUGUGAUGUGUGUGGGAAAGCCUUCAGUCGGCCCUGGCUUUUACAGGGCCACAUGCGCUCUCACACGGGCGAGAAGCCUUUCGGAUGCGCCCACUGCGGCAAGGCCUUCGCGGACCGCUCGAACCUGCGUGCUCACAUGCAGACGCACUCGGCCUUCAAGCACUUCAAGUGUAAACGCUGCAACAAGACCUUCGCGCUCAAGAGUUACCUGAACAAGCACUACGAGUCUGCCUGCUUCAAAGGCCCCUACUCUCCUCUCGGCCCCCUUGAUGCAUGACCCCCUGCAUAGAUGAAACACUUACUGCAGACAUAAAUGACCAUUAUCCUUACACACUGAACUGCAGACACAAACAAUCUAUUUUUGGUCAGAAUAUGACCUUGCUUCCCUCCUCUUCCUCCUCCUC